AAGUGAAAUCCCGCCAGGAUGGAUGCGUUUCCAAAAUUCGAUUAAAUAGAUUUUUACGAAAAAAAUAAAAUUUAGCCUGUGAAUCGAGGAUCGAGCUGACCAUCAUGUCUUCGUCAGAAAUCCGACGAAAAUCUCCCUUUCUCACGUGCUUCCUUUCAAAAGCUGCUCGUAAAGAAACGCGGAAGCACUUCAUUGAGAAUGCGGAUGUCGCCGAAGAAGACGAAAUAAUGAAGGUAUCGAAUGGAUUUGGGUUUGAAAAGCUUUGGACUAACUGCUGGAGUACCGGAAAAAGUGCGCAGAAGCAGUUCGACGGGAGAAGGAAGUUGCGAAGUUCGAAGCGGAACGUAAUGCCCGCGAAUGAAACUUGGAUAUUGUCGACCCGUUUCGACGGACGACCUCCGAAGUGCGAAUACAUUCUAAAUUUGAAAUCUGUGUUCACGGAACGCUAA